GUCACUCUUCAAUUACAGCCAGUGGGACAAGAUGUCUGCUUACUACUACGCAACAACAAGAAUGAACCCGCAGGAAUCAUCACUCUACGAGUCCACGACAUCGCCUACAGCUGCCAAGAGCGGACAGAAUACUACACCAGAGACCACCAGUUCCAUACCGAGUCCCACCAUCAAUGUUGGAAUGCCCACAGCUGCACCGGCGAAACUUGCACUGGAAUUUCUACAUCGACUAACAUAAAAGAAUUCAGCAGCGACGCGAAGAACAAUCCCGGCCACACUUACUGCUCUCCAUCAUGCAAAUGCCUCUGGUGCGAUUUUUGCUUCUGGUGCAAGGAGACAUGCCUUUUCUACAAAGUCUACGCACGGCCAGAAUCCGGAACUAUCUACCGCGUCUUCACGUGCCCCGUAUGGUCGAUCACAAUCACAGGAACAAUCACCUUGGAAACCUCAACCAAGAGACAACAACACGACUUCGUCCUACAUCCCGCUCGCCCGCACAUAUGGAACACCAUCGAACUCACCCUGACGGCAACAAUCGUACCGAAUCUACCGAUCCUAUCUAGCUACUUUCUCACUGAUGGCACAAACAGUUGCGAAAGUCGAACCGACAACUCCAAUGCGCUUCUGAAGAAGUUGCUAAGAGAUUUUCACCGUGCCACUUUUCUCCAUCCUCCUGCCAAUGCACUCCUCUCGUUUACCAAUGCACUCCGCUCGUUUAGGAAGCUUCAUGCAGUUGCCCCGAAGGAAACGUACGACGAUACCUAA